AUGGAGAGCGGACGCAUGGACCUUACGCUCAUCGGUGAGCGGGCGCUACACCACUGGACCGAAUCCGGACGUCUUAACGUAUUGGCGCAUUUGACACGCUCUUUGAACGACUUCACCGGCCACAAGGCGGAUUCCGCCUCUGAUUUACCUCGAUUACUGUAUGAGCUCGUAUGGAUCGUAUUACACGCUAAAUUGACCAAGCAAGAAGUGCUGGGACUGUUGAAAGAUGCAGAAUUGACGAAAUAUCCAACGGCGUGCGAUCUACUGACGGAUUUGUUGUGGGUCAUUGGCAACGAGGUGGAGACCAAUGAACGUGGUCAUGAACGCCACAAGUCACGAGAGUGGCGCAAUUUGUGUGCAUUCGUGAAGAAUAUUGGGGAGGAAAAGCUUUUGACACUAUUGAGUCUCAAGGCGACGCUCGAGUUUGACCUGCUACAUGAUGCAGAGCUUGCACCUGAGCCCCAGCUGAUGACGAAAAAGAUGGUGCGCAUCAAUACCAAGACAUUGUACACACAGACCAAGUACAAUUUGCUGCGGGAGGAGACUGAGGGUUUCUCCAAGGUUCUGUGUCUGCUGCACACUGGAGUGACCACGAGCCAACUUGAGGCGACAAAGACCGACUUGAUGGCUCUUAUUGGUUUCUUUGACUUGGACGCAAACCGUGUCUUGGACUUGGUACUAGACGUGUACGAGAUGCACCCAAGGAACGACUGCUUUGCACAGCUUCUUGAGAUUUUCAAGCGCGACAGCUUGCCUCACAUUAUAGGUUUCAAGUUUCAGUUUUACAAGCGUGAUCCACCUGCUAUAGAAGGAGUCACGACGCCACGUUCACUUUAUCGUCUAGCUGCGACGCUGUUGAAAAAGGGUCUGCUUGAAUUGGAUGCUCUCCUGCCACACUUGUCGCCGUCUCGUGGUGACAUUGUGAAAGCGUCUGUAGAACAUGAAAAAGAGCUGAUUGAGAAAGCGGGAUCAUUCGGCAAGAUCAGCCUUGCCGGCAAGAAAGAUCCAGUGAAGGUCGACGGCGAGGACGAAGCUGCAGCUGCUGCUGCCGAGAAACGCAAGCAGGAUGCCGAACACAACCAGGUGUACGGAGUGAUUAUUGGGCUUUUAGAGGUUGGCGCACGGGAACGUGCCUUUGAAAUGAUUUCGUGGUUUCAAAAGAGAGGUGUGAAUCCUCUUACGUUUACACCUCUAACCACAGAGCUUUCUGCUGUUGUGAAUGUGAUGAUUGAGGAUGUCUAUGCACCGCUUUCACCUCGCAGUCUCGAGCUUGUAAGUGGCAAGUGUGAUGGAUCGACGAAUCUUACGGAGAAACGAUUGCCCCACACGAGCACGAGCAGCCAUUAUGUUCGUCGUGUGGCUACGUUAGAGGAAUGUGUGUCCGAAGCUUUUCCUAUCUUGGAGAUGAUCGGCCCUCAAUUGUUCCACGACGAGUUCCUUUUCACACAGCUGCUGCGUAUCGCUGGCAAGUUAGUCGACAAUCACUCCAAGAAGUCGAGCACUUCUGUUGAAAAGGACGAAAAGGAUGGUGGGCUUUUCGAUAAGGUAAAGUCAUUAUUGGUUGGCACAUUCCUUCCUGCCAUGUCUCUGCAAGCAUGCAACCCGAGCACAGCAUUUUUGGUGUGGGAUUUGAUUAAGACGUUGCCGUGUGAUGAGCGUUACAGAAUUUACCUGCAUUGGUUUGAGGCGUACGAUAAGUAUCCGGAACUACGUCUCAAGGAAGCACAGGUAGUGCAGAGCACGCGUGGAAUCAUGCGACGGCUCACAGCGGACCGGGCAAAGCUGUCAGCACGCGGCCUGACUCAUGUGUCACACUCGAACCCGCUCAUUGUAUUUCGCACGAUGCUGCGGCAGAUUCAGUCGUAUGAUAACUUGAUUCAGCCCGUGGUGGAGUCAUUCAAGUUCGUUACACCAUUGGGGAUGGAUGUGCUGUCGUUUGUUCUCGUAAGCGAAUUAUCAAGACCACAGAAGUCCAUGAAGUUAGACGGAACCCAUGUAUCGCUUUGGUUGACGUCGCUUGCAAAUUUUUCGGGCAGCUUUUAUCGCAAAUAUCCUAACGUGGAACUAGCAGGCCUCCUCCAGUAUCUCAUCAAGCGUCUUGAGAACUGGGCAUCAGUAGACCUUAUCGUAUUGAGUGAGCUGCUGACGAAGAUGGGAUCAUGCUUGAGCCUGGAGGAUAUUUCGGCGAGUCAGCUUGAAGCCCAGGCAGGUGGACCACAUCUUUGGUAUGAGCCGACGGACCCAAAGUUUCAAAACCGUCGUGCCAUUCCAAAACUGCGCGAUGCUUUGAUCAAGCAUAAUUUGGCCCUACCGCUAUCGGUGCUGAUUUGCCAGAUGCGCAGCCGUAUUGAGUAUCAUGAAGACAGAAACAUGCCACAUCUCAAGCUGCUUGGACGGGUGUUCGAUACUUGCCAGCUCACGCUCACCCAGCUUAUGCAGUUUCUUGGUGGUGUUGUUGACCCAUUGGUGUACCGAAAAAUGCUUCCUUCCAUUACGACGCUAGUCCGUGAGUAUAAUGUACCACCGGAAUUGGCAAUGUCACUCUGUCGUCCGGCGAUGCGUAGCGAUGAUCCAGUAUUGCAAACUGUGCCGCGUGGUGUGCACGCUACCGGCGGUACCAACACAACUAAUAAUGGGGUCAGCACCGAUGGAUCUGUACAUAGCGGUACAUCAGACAAGGAUAAAAGUUGGUAUAUGUACAACCCCACUUUCCUGGAGGACAUCAAGAAUGCACUGCGCAUCGAUGAUGGUUCCGGUGAUAAGGUUAAAGGGCCCUUCACGGGAUUGACACCGGAAGUAUACGCAACGUUCUGGGGGUUAAAGCUGUACGAUAUCCAUAUUCCAUUCCAGCAGUACGAAUCCGAGAUUUUGCGUCUGCGGAACUCCGUCACUUCUGGUGCAAACGCAUCGCUUAGUGCAAGUGAGCGGAAAAAGCUGAAAGAGAAAACAGCGCAGAUGAUUGAUGUGCUUACGACGGAACAAAAAGACCAAGUGGCUCAUCGAAAACGAGUGUAUGAGCGACUGGAGAACAUGAAAGGGAAGUUUUUCGAAUACGAACCGAAUGAUCGCCAAACUGCAAUUGAUGAGCUUCUACAGAAGUGUGUGAUCCCACGCUCGCUCAUAUCACCUGAAGACGCGAUGUUUGUUGCCAAAUUCAUGGAGCUACUACAUACUUUCUCAACGCCACAACUGAGUAGUCUGCAGUACUUUCACAAGGUGAGUAUGAAGGUAUCAGCGAUAGUGCUAUGUGCAACGGAGCGCGAGGCGAGUAACUUUGGCAUUUACAUGAAAGAGACUCUAGGGCUUAUUUUGCGCUGGUACCAGAACGGUGCAACGUACGAUGAUGAAGCGAUCCACGGAAAGAUCGGCAUGAGCCUAGAUCUGACUGACGACAAGAAACGUCUUGCUCACCGCCAGUUUAAGUCGGCGUAUGCUCGUUGGCACCAGCAGUUAGAGCUCGUAUACACGACGGCGCUUUCAAGUGGCGAGUACAUGCCAAUCCGCAACACGCUGGUGGUACUGACAAAGCUGAUUGAUGUAUUCCCGGCGGGCCGCGGAACAGCUGAAGUGAUUUUGGGUAUCGUGGAAAAGUUGACGAAUGAGGACCGGGAAGAUGUCAAGAUUAUGGCCAAACGAUACUUUGCUCUGCUAACCAAGCGCAAGGCAUCGCUUAUUAAUGACAGGCUACUGCGUACUCGCAAUGCUCCAACCAAGCCGCCGUCUGCUGCGUCAUCUAGCAUCGAUGAAAAGCAUGUGCCAGCUGAAGAGGACAAGAAAAGCAUCAUCGAUGAUGGCAACCACAAUGAAGGCACACGUGACACCUCAAAUAAACCAGCGCUAAGCUGCGCAGCGAGUCAAGAACUUGAAAGCGGUGAAAUUGUGGUGGGAAAGAGCAGCAACAACAGCGACAUCUCCCCUUUGGUUAAGGAGCGAAGUCCGGAGCGUGGACCAGGUGGAGAUCAUAAUCGUAAUAGCCGUGGUGGAGGUGGUUCAGCAGACUCUAGUCAUGACCGUCGCAAUCGUGCAGAACGCGAAGAAGUUACGUCCCGCCAAAACAUCUCGACGGAUAUUCCUCGUGAACUUGGCGUGGAUGAAAGAUGCGGUCAGCGCGAACGUGAGUUGUCUCCUACGACUGCGGGUCGCGGUAGCUCAGCAAAUAGCCAAACAAAGAACGAGCCGCACGAACGCAGUGGAUUGGCAUCCCUUAAACGCGAGAGGUCACCAGCACCGCUGCGUAGUCGAUCAGGAGAUCGUGCCGAAGACCGUGGUAAUAAUAGCGAUAGCCAUCGGUCUUCACGCGAACGCGAGCGUGGGCGCGAACGUGGACAACAUAACCGUGGUGGACGAGGUGAAGGCAACCGUCGAGAACUAGGUGAUAGCCGCAGUGGCAGCUGUGAUCGUCAUGAACGCAACUUGCGAAACCGUGAUUUGAUUUACGGCCACGAAGAGAACGAGAUGACACGGAAAUCUGAGGCCUCUCAACUUGGUCCUACACGGAAUAAAGAGCCUGCCAAGCAGGCUUUGUCGCCAAAGUCUGACCGUACUUCCGUGUCUGCUAAACUGAGCUGGGGAACGAGGGCCGAGCGCGAUUCCGUGAAAGCUGAGCCUUCUCCUCUCCAAGAUCGCAAGAAAGCGCGGCCUGUUGAGCAGUCGGAGGCUGCGUUGCGUCGUCAACUUACCGCCGAUAAGGAGGCAAAGGCGAAAGAGCAGCAAUUUGCUGAGCGCACGAGGCCGAUAGUGCGUGAUCGCAUGAGGCCUCCGCUUUCGGCAUCAGUGACAGGAUUUUCGGCGGGCGGGGUUUCACCGACAGGUGCUGGAACGCCAACUGGUGGGGCACGUAAGAUCGUGUCACUGGUGUCUUCGUCACGCAAGCGUGAGCGCGAGCGCGAGUCUAUAGCUGAUGGUGAGGCGCCCACAGACUUACAUGAAGGGAAGCGGCGUCGUGAUGGUGGCGGCAGCAUUGGCAACUGGAUCGAGCCUAAGCGUGUAAAUGACGACAGGCGUAAGCUUCGAAGAAAUAAAGGUGGAGGCAUUGAUGGCAACAACGGAAACCAGCAGCAACUGCAGCGUGACUCAAUGCGUGGACGCCAGGACCGUGGUGUCCGCAAUGUCAAUGGAAACUUUGACAGACGCGGGGGUCAUGAUGACCGCCGUGGAAAUGUUGGUAACGUCAACCGUCGGCGUGAUCGCAAUGACAACCGCACAAGUCGCCGGUAG